CGCGCGCCCUGACGCUUGCCUCAAUCCACGCGUCAAACGGCUCGCACGGGCCGCCCAACGGCCGCGUCACGUGACUGCAGACUUCGGCCGGGAAGCGGAGCUGGUUGCGCGAACUGAGGGCUGAGCCGCGGAAACGCUUUUCCCGUUGUUGUUUCUUCUUCCUUUCCUCGUGGGGCGAAUCCCCCUCACUUACCUCGCCGAGAGACGCCAUGAGCUGCUUUAGCCGCCUUUGCUGGGCUGCCCUGGGCUGGGCGCUGCUCCUGCUGGUGGUUGCCUCUUGCCUCACGCCCGCGUUGGCCGCGGCCGAAGAGGAGAAAGCUGGCUGUGAAAAACAUACCAACUGUAGUUCCUGCAUUAGUAGUACUGACAAGUCUGAAAUAAACUGCACAUGGAUUUUCUGCAACGAUACUUUGUUCUACUGUACAAAUGCAACGGAAAGAAGUGAUAAGUGUAAUUCUACUUCGAGAAAUGAAACUUGUUCAGUUCCUCCUAAUCCUACCACAGUUGUUGCACCUACCGCAGCCAACACUACUAUCCCAGGUCCUACACAUAACACAACUAUACCAGGCAAACCUACUUCUGCCAGACCUACUGCUGCUAAUAGUACAAUAGUUACACCUGCUGCUAGCAACACAACUUCUACAUCAGGCUCAACUUCUCCCCAACCAACUUCCAAACCAUCUCCACACAAAUCCACCUUUGAUGCAGCCAGUUUCAUUGGUGGUAUUGUCCUAGUGCUGGGACUGCAAGCAGUAAUAUUCUUUCUCUACAAAUUUUGCAAGUCCAAAGAACAAAACUAUCAUACCCUCUAGAAUACGUUGCUUUUAAGUGGACUUAACAAGGUCAACAUUUGUGGUUAGCUGCACCAAAAUAUCUUUAUUCCUUAUAGAAGACAGCAGUUCAAAAUAUUCUUAUUCUUCAAGACUUUUUUUUUAAAAAGAAAAUGUUUCUGCAACAUGCUUGGAAGAAGGUUGUAUGAAUCAUGUUUUGCUCUGCAAGAAUACUUGCAAUAUUGUGCAUGAAUCCUCACUGGCUGUCUGAAAUUUCUUUAGUGGCUGCUGCUGUGAACCCGUUUCUUUUAUCUGACAUGCCAAAUGUAGACUUUAAUAGUAACUGUAUUCAUUGGCAGCAGUGUUCUUGAUAGAUAACCGUAUGAUUGCAAUUGAUAAGUUAGCCUUAAAUGCAGUGCCCCCCUACAUUAUUAUUAUUAUUAUUAAAAUGUGAAUUCCUGGUGACUUGGCAUAAAACACUAUGUGUGUGAAAACUGGCUUUUUAUAGUGUACUGCUAGGAGAUUGGGGCAAAUUUCUAGAACUAUGUUUUUUUCUUGAAGGAUUAUGGAAGCCCAUAUUUUUCUAUACUUGGUGUCAGAAGGAUAAUUGUUUUCUAAUGUAAGCAUAAGCAGCCAUAGGAAGAAUGAUAGUCAAAGAAUGCUAGUUCCUUGGUGCAUAAGGAAGAAAGACCAGUGCCUUAAUGAGUAGGCUGCAAACUAAAAUGUUUGUGCCAUUUUAUUUGUUUGAGGUACAGUGAAUGUCAUUCCACUUGCAGCAAUUUCAUUCUAGUAGACACAUGAACUUGGGCAUUAUUUAUAUAUAUAUAUUUGUCUUUAUAUAAGUUUUUGUGAAGACAGAUGUGGAAAGAAAACAGUGUAAGCAAUCUUCAUAUACUGUUCCUAAAGCCAUGUGUUUCUAGCCUUCAAAACACUUGCCUUGGAAAGUUCUAUUGACAUGCUUUACAUUUCAGAGCAGUAGUUUCAGUAGACACUUUGUGAUUGCAAUUCGUGGAUAUUACAAACCUACCAUAAUUCUGUAUGGAUUUGAGAGAAUAUUUGCUCUUAUAUCAAUGCAGUUUCCUUCCUUAGUUUCAUAAAACACAGAUAGUCAUGGUGGAAGUAGGCAGCCCAAGCACUUGGAGCUAUGUAAAUUUUUGAUAACUAUCAAAAUAGACUGCUAAUCCUUGUUUUGCAGGUUAUAUGGCAAGCAUAGUUUAAAUGCUAGAAAUGCAACUUUAAAUGAUGCUUUUGGAUUAGCUCUAUUGCUUGCUUGAUUUUAAGCUGCUGAUGACAAAUCUGGGUUUAUGGUGUAUUGCAAAAUUUUACUGCAUUUUAAUUGCUCAACUUCUCUAGCCCUUGUAGCUAAUAGUAUUUACUUCAAUAAUGUUGCAUAGAAAGUUUAUUCAUAAUAAUACUUAGCAAACAGUACUGUAACUUUCAGGCAACUGCACUCCUAAAAGACAAUCAGCUCAGGUGUAUGAAAUGGUAAAUUGACCAGCCAAUUUUCAGCAAGCAACACAUCUGUAGCAGGUGGUAUUUAAUGGCCUUAAGCUAUACAGGUAUAGUCCAUUGUUUAACAUAAUUCCCCAUCUCUUUUAGCUUCAUAAAUUUAGAUUAAAUAUCUGAAUAUAUUCUAAAGCUUAAGCAUAAAUAAAUGCACUUCUAAAUGGUGACAGUUUAAAAAAAGCCUCUUUGCACUCUAAAGCUGUAAUAAGCUUAUGCUUAGUGGUGAGACAGAAGAUUUCAAGACCAACUGUGCAACUUACAAUUCCAGAAUUGAAAUUUGAGCCAAUUUUAUUACUGAGCCAAGAGUAAGUGCUGUUUAAAACACCACUAAACAGUCAUGUAUUCUAUGCUGAUGUUAACAUUAUGAAUCUUUCAAGUGCCUUAAAUUUUAUUACUGUCAGCUACAUGUCUGUUGAAGGAAUGUGGGGGAGAGGAAUUUUAGUCACUAGUCUUGCCCCAUUGCCAGCAAUUGUUGUUUUCCAAUGACUUUAGGAAAUUCAGGUCUCACUGCUACUCUUCAGGAAGUCUGCAUUUUCUACUUGGUUGGGGUAUAGAUGUGUACAGUACUAGAUUUUUAGGCCAUUUCUGAUAUCUUCAUGCAGUGGCAUAUUUGAUUUUCUAGACCCAAGCUUUAUCACUAACUUACCAAACCUUGGCUAAGACUGUGAGGGUGAGCCCUCUUACCUUCUAUAGCUAGAUCAGUGACAGUUUUUUUUUUCCUGGUAGUGACAUUAACCUGACUACGUACAAAUUAGGUAAGCUAAUAGAUUUUCACAGCUUCUGUCUGUUUUUUGGAGUAUAUACAUAGGGCGUUUAAAAAAAAAAACCAACACGCCCCGUCUGUGAAAUAGAUUUUUAAGGCAGUGAAUUGUGACUUCCAAGCUCUUAAUACAGAUUUUCCCUAAAAUUUAACACCUGCAAGUAUGUUGCAUCUAGAAUGGAAUGUUAUAGACAUUACUGUACUGCAUAUGUGUGUUGUCUUCAUUGGAAGAAAAUGCAAACUACUUAAUCACAAAACCAAAAUAAAUCAUUUAUUAAACUGUU